UAAGGCGUGUGUGGUGAUUGGCUAAGCGUAUGAGGCAAUAUCGCGCCACAGUCAGUCUCUCGGUGGUCACUGUGGGAAAGAAGCAGCGUAACAUUGCACUCGCGACCACCCGCUCAGGCCGCGAUGGAGGACGAUGUGGUGAUUCCCGACGACCUGGUGGAGGACGACUUGUUGAAUCACAUCAACUGGCCUGAUUUGGAUCUUGAUGAAAUAAAGGAUGAUUUGGACCUGCACGACAUCAAGGAUUUGGGGCUGGACCUGGGGGUUGGGGAGAUGCUGGGCGGCCCCAUCACCUCCAGCCCUGGCAUAGCCUUGGCACACUCCAUGCCACGCACCAUCAGCCCCUCCACUUUCAUAAAUACAAACACCUGCCCAGUGAGUCAGACGCCCACUGAGGCCAAAGCCAAUGUGCCCCAACACCUGUCCAUGGUGGGCACUCCUCCAGUGAGGCAGGUGGCACACGUGGCACCAGCACCGCGAGUGGAGGCUCCAGUUGUGAGUGUAGCCCCCUCUGCUGCUCCCCAACUGCAUCACCUGCUGGCCCAUCCCCAGGUGACAGUUGCACCUCAGGCCAACCCAGUAGCACAUGUGACAUCUCAGGGGAUGCCAGUGCAGCAGGUGGCAGCUCUGGCUCCGGCCAAGCGGGCUGUCACCACUGUCACCCAGCUGGUGCAGCAGCAGCCAACACUUGUGCAGCAGCUGGUGUUGCCCAAAACAGAAACCAUCACCACUAACAGCAAUGGUGGGUGUCUGGCAGUGCCUCACACCCUAGUGUACAAGACUGCCCCAGCACUCACCACCAUCCAGGGUAUAGACGUGGUGGCAGGCAUCCCAUUGGUGCUGGAGCAUGACCGUCUGCCCUUGGCCAGGGUUGUGAGCCCUGCCGUCAAGCUGUCCACUCAAGGGGUGCCACCGAAGGGGGAGAAGAGGAACUCUCACAAUGCCAUUGAGAAACGUUACCGUUGUUCCAUCAAUGACAAGAUUAUCGAACUGAAGAACCUGGUGGCUGGGGAGGAGGCCAAGCUUCACAAGUCGCAGAUCUUGAAAAAGGCCAUUGAUCACAUCCAUAACCUCCGGGGGCAGAACAGGCGGCUGCGAGCUGAGCUCAAUGCCUACAGGAUGCGGGAUGGCAACCAGAAAAUUGCUGACCUGCUGGUGGGCCCCUACACUCCUCCACCCUCUGACAGCUCCUCACCAGCCCACUCCCCACUCUCAGACUCCUCCCUGCCACCCUCACCACAUUCCAAGACAGAGGUGAAGGAAGAGGAGCUUCCCUCCCCAAGCAGCAGUCCGCCUUAUUUUGUGGCUCAAGCUCCAUCCAUGGCAGAAGGUUCCCGCAUGAUGCUGUGUGUCAUGGUGCUGACGGUACUGGCCUUCAACCCUCUGGCCUCCCUCAGCCCAGCUCCUGCUCACCCCAUUAUGGGAGAUGUGCCUGGCCGUACUAUACUAGAGGAGCAGCCCCAAGCAGGAGAUGGGUUCAGCCAGCUGUGGUCAUCUGCUGCUGUGUGGCUGGUCAACCUGGCUGUUGUGGCAGUGUUGCUGGUGCGGGUGUUUGUGUAUGGGGAGCCAGUGGUGAGGCGGCGCUCCCAGGCUGCCGAUGAGUUCUGGCGCCACUGCAAGCAGGCUGACCAGGACUUGUCUAAGGGGCAGUAUGCCAGCGCCAGUCAGCAGUACUCUCAGGCUCUACAAUCCAUUGGACGCCCACUGCCCACCACCUGGCCAGAGAAGGUUUUGUCUGUGCUGUGGCAAGUGACACGCCAACUCCUGCAGCGCCUCUACCUGGGCCGCUGGCUGGCCAAGUAUGCUGGUGGCCUCUUCCUCCAGCCAUGUGUGAGGGAAGAUGUGAGAGAGAAUGUUUGUGAGUGUGCACGUGUGUACCACAGACUGCACCAACUGCACCUCAUGGGACACACCUCAGACACCUCUCACCUGCUGGGCCUCUACCUGGCCAUCACCUCCAUUAACCUGGGAGAAAGUGGCCCCGUUGGAGGAGGAGACAUGGCGGAGAUGUUGGUGAUGUGUGCCUUGCGAGUGAAGGAGAGCCUGCCCGAGCCGUGCCGCCUGCUGGCCCGGGUCUUGCUGGGCUUAGCUGGCCGCUCCACCCCUCCUCCGACCCUGGCGUGGCUCUUCACUCCCUCGGGCCGUAGGUUCUUUGCGUCCCACAAGUGGUCUUAUGAUGCAGAUCGCCAGUCAAUGUUUACCCGGCUUACAGAUAAGGCAGACCCUCUGGCAUACCUUCUCCUGCUGUACAGAGAGCACCUGCUGGAGUGUGCCAUCACUACACUGGUGAACCCUGGCAAUAAGGCUGAAGAUGGCCAUGAGGAGGGUGGCUCCCACUCUCGCACCACCACUCCAGAUGUGCUGCGUUACCUGCACACCCUCCAGCACACCUUCACUGCCCCACCCGGCGCCGCCCUUCAUGCGGCUUCAAGGGAUGAGGUUUGCAGUUGGUGGAGUUCUUUGUUGGGAGUGAUUGCCCACUGGCUACUGGGUGAAGAUGACCUGGCUGAGACCCUCUUCUCCACCUUGGAGAACACUCCAGAGUACCUCAGGACCUCAGAAGAUCCCCUUCCCACAGCUGUUCUCUAUGCUGUCAGGGCAAGGCGUCAGCUGGGCCACGGUUCUCUAUCUGUUGUGCUGCGGCUGUGUGACCGCUCCGGGGCUGCUCUCAGCGACUCCAUCCACCAGGCCUCCUACAAGCAUCCACACUCCAUGGUUCAGAGUGUACAGCUAAUUGUGGUGGACUGGCUGCUUGGAGUGCGGACAGUAGCCUGGGAAGGGGAGGUAGUGCGAGACUGUGACACACUCACUGUGGCACCACCACAUGUGCUGCAAGGCUUCCAGCAUGACCUGGCACUCCUUCGCAAGCUGGUUCAUUAUCUUCCCGGUGUGGUGGCCAGAGUGUUCUUGCAUGAGGCCACACUGAGGAUGAUGGCUGGUGCCUCCCCAGCCAGGACACAGCAGCUUCUUGACCGCUCCCUUCGACACCGCUACAGUCGACCUUCAGUCAUCUGUGGCAAGGAUAAGAAUCCAGAGAGAUUCAGUGGGGAGAGAGAGCAUGCCACUGCCCUCAUGUUGGCCUGCAGACAUCUCCCCUCACAGCUGCUCUCCUCGCCUGGGGAGCGUGCAGGCAUGCUGGCUGAGGCUGCUAAGACCCUGGAGAAAAUUGGGGACAAGCGGCGCCUUCAGGACUGCUACACCUUAAUGAAGUCCCUAGGCACUGGGGUUUCUUCCUAUGGCUAAGAUGGAUUAGGGUGGGUUGAGGGGAGGGGAGGGAUAUUGAGGUAGGGAAUGAUUGGAGUAGGAUGGGGUGUAGCAAUAAGGAGGGUAGGGUAGGAUGCAGCAGAUUAAAACAAAUUUCAUUAGUUUAAUCAAAAGAGAAGGAAUGUAUUAGAAUUGUACUUUUAUUUUCUUGAGAUUGCCACAUUUUAAGAAUUUUGUAUUUAUUUUUACUCAGAUUUAUGUGAUUCAUGAAUCCAGCAAAAGUAAAAACUAUGAUAAUUCUAACUGUAUAUAGUUGGUAGAUGUAAGAAAGUGAGCAUAGUAAGUUUGUACUAUUUAGUGUGGUUGAAGGAUGGCGAGGUGUGAGAUGUACUAUGGAGAAUGAGAUGCUUAAACAUACAUGCACCAGAGGUUAAGAACAGGACAGGGAAGUGAAGGAGUGGAGUGUUUUAGUAACUAGCUGGUAACUGGCAUGACAAUCCUCUUGAAGGAGUUAUAGGAGACUAAAGAAAAUUUUUAAAAAAUAUAGUAUUUGGGCUGUAUGGGACACUCCUUUGUAAGAAGAGAAGGAAGGAGGCAUGUCAAGUGUUUUGUAAUGUACCUGCAUUGUAAUAUAUGAGUUGGAGGUCAGUAUUGUUUGUUUUUAUAUAAUAAUGAACUUUAUUUCUGUA